UUGCAUUUCAGGAGUUAUUACAAACAGAUUGACGUCAUUAAGAAAUGUUUUUGAUGCUUCUCCUUUGGGAAGAUUGAAGAAAUUGGCAUUUGAAGAUUCGGAUAUCAAGGAUGAAGCAGCGAAUUGUUAUUUAAAUGACUUUUUACAUAUGAUGUAUAAGCCAAUUGUUAAAAAUGAGCUAAAGUUGAUAUACGACGCUGUACUUGCGACGUCUUGGCAAAUACACCAAAGUUUUCAUGAAAACGAUGAAUUUCACCUGGACAUUCCUCUUAUUCAUUUUGCCUAUUCCAUGAUUCAAUCACGUUUGCUGAAUUUCUCUGAACUUGUUCAUGCAUUUCCUCAAGUGGUAGAAAAACGUAUGGAGUCUCCAUUACCAAUUAAAGAUUUAGAAUUGUGCCUAGAUGCAGUAGCACUUCAGUGUUGUCUAGAAGAACUGGAGCCUAGUUUAAAUAAUUUUACGAGUCUUCGUAAACGAAAGACGUGGUGUAAUCAAGUUCAAUGUCUACGUCCAAUCAUUCAGGUUAUGAAAUCGCCAAUAACGGACAGUGGGAACUCAAAAAAUGUUGUUCCUCUUUUGUCAGAAAAAUCUGAGCAGAUUUUGAAAGUUUGUUGGAUCAUGUUCACACGUUUGGAUGUUGUGCGUAUGUUUAUUGAACACACUUGUCCACCUGAGGAGUUAAAUCAUACUGAUGAUGGUCGUAAUGCUUUGAAAUUGUUAAAGGCAUUAGGUGAAAGUCCCGAUUUAACCUCACUACGUACUAUAGUUGUUAUUGAAAGAUUUUUGAAAGACUGUAGUGAAGAUUUGCAUAAACGAAUUGUCAAAUUUGAUGACGAAUGCGCCAUUUGCAAGAGAUCACUUCAAGAUCCUGUACAGCUACCAUGUCGUCACGUGUUUUGUUUAUCUUGCAUAACCAAUUGGCUUAACGAUCAUGACGUAUGUCCUGCAUGUAGACACGAUGUUGGCAAUGAUUUUCAAUUGCAAAUUAAUGAAACAAUAAGGCUUUCGUUGGAGUUGUGGAGAAGUUUUCGUAAUCGUUGCAAAUCCUUUUUCAUGAAUGUUGUCUCUGUUUAUUGCUUUGGUGAUGAUUUACCGCAAGAUGAACUUGUAAAAAAAUUCAUUGCUUAUGUGAUAAACGAUGAAAAAUUCACAGAAGAUUUUUCUCCUUUCGAUGGUCACAGCAUUGAUGUAACUCCAGUUAUAAGAUCAUACAUUUUACAACAACUUCUUGCAAUCAAAGGAAGGGAAAAAGAAGUUUGUACGCAUUUAGAAGAAUAUCUCUGUCGUGCUCAAGGUUUAUCUACCAACAAGGAACAUUUGAUGAACGUUUGCGUGUUGUUUGUUCAUUGUAUCGAGGAUGUUGAAAUAGGGAAAUUAUUAAAAGCAAAACAAACUGAAGGCAGUGUUGAAAUCAACAUGUUGUGCAGAAUCCUUGAUAGAACACUGAGGAAUUUUCGUACCUACAAAACCCUGAACAUUUACAGCCUUAAAGAUGUUGCUGCAAUUCGGGCUGCGUUUAGUGAACUUCCUGCAUAUUUCAAUGACGAUCUUUCCGAAAACCUAAAGAGCAAUGCGGAACUUAGAAAAUGCAUCCAAGCAGCUAAACAUUUAUGUGACAAUGAAUAUGCUCUUCAGUUAUUCCUACUAAAACAGUUGGUCCAUAAUGAUCUAAAUGGUUUCGAUGGAGUUAAAGAAAGAUGUAAGAUCAAAGAAUUGAAAUGGAUUUUGCCUCCACAAUCUGAGGAGCGUGACAAAGACCAGACAGUUUCAUGGUCCAUCACGACAAUUAUCAUACAGUACGAGAAGCUAUUGGCAAAGCAAUAA